AUGGUGGGAAUAAUCAACCAAGUAAAGCUUCACAAACCAGAUGUUGCCGUAAAAUUACCUAAAAAGGACGGCAAUGGGUUUUCCACUUUAGAAGACAUCAUAAACACCUACAUUCCCGAGUUUCAGGACGGAAAACAAAGCUGGUUUUAUCCACCACUCUUCAACGGUCAUCUUCAAACUAUGUGGGCAGCUGCAGGAUCUUUCGAACAGGUUGACCAGAUCUACUACGGUAGAAGGGUUCUAAAUUAUCCAGACGGGGGAUCUGGAACCGCAGAUUUCGUUAUCUCCAAGAAGCAGUUUGAAGAAGAAGAAGCCGGCAUUCCACCGAAAUCACAGUGUGUUCAAGCAGACAAUGGGGAGCUGGUAGAACCUGUUUUACCACCUCGGACUAGAUUUAUGAACGAGGGUGAGCUAAAGAACCAGGCCUCUGAUGAUACACGCCCCAUGCUGGUUGUAUUGCAUGGAUUAUCCGGUGGUAGUCAUGAAGCAUAUGUUAGAUGUCUGUUGAAGGAAGUUACCGAAGAACAUGAUUUCGACGCGGUUGUGCUGAAUGCCCGUGGAUGUGCGCAAUCGCAAUUGUCAACUCCUCAACUGUUCAAUGGAUUUUGGACUGAGGAUUUGAGAUUCUUGGUGAAUCACUUAGCCACAUGGUUUCCUGAAAGGACACUUUUCGCUGUAGGUGCCUCCUUGGGAGCUUCUAUUCUAUCUAACUACAUUGGACAGGAGGGUGAUGAGUGUCGCUUUGCAGCAGCUGCAGUUCUAGGAAAUCCAUGGGAUCUAGCGGCCUCAUCUUAUCUGCUACAUCGAUCAUGGAUUGGCAGGUACAUUUAUUCCCCUGCAAUGACUCAAUCGCUAAUGAACUUAGUAGAUCGUCACGAUGACAUUCUUCGUGGUAGUGACUUGUACAGUCAGAAUAGAGAGAGAUACCACGAAGGCAUCAAAUUACUGUAUGACUUUGACAACAGGUACACGGCACCUUUGUUCAAGUUUAAUACUGCAUAUGAGUAUUAUAGAGUGGGUUCAUCGGUUAACAGGCUCCCUGCUGUUAGAACACCUCUAUUAAUUAUCAACGCUUUGGAUGACCCAAUUGUUGGUUCUGAAGCUCUUCCGUUCCAGGAAUGCAAAUCCAACCCAUUCACAUUAAUGUUAACGACAUCCUUAGGUGGUCACCUGGCAUGGUUUCAAUCACCGACAAAACGUUGGUAUGUACGUCCGUUAGCAUCAUUCUUUCAAAAGUUCUACGAUACGAUAGACACCAAAUCACAACCUGAAAUUGACCCUAAGGCACUUCCACAUAAGCAUCAAGCAACAGAUGGCCGUCUUCGGGGACCGUUUCAGUAA